GUCUGCGGGCUGGUGAGCAAGCUGAGGGGAGCAGGAGGGAUGGGGAGCGGCGCUGCGGAGCGGGGCCGCGCAGACAGGCGGCCAGUGCUCUUUCCCUUCCUGCUGCCCUUGUUCUGCCCGGCGCUGUCUGAGCAGAUCCGCUACAGGAUUCCCGAGGAAAUGCCCAAGGGCUCGGUAGUGGGGAACCUCGCCAAGGACCUGGGGUUCAGUGUGCGGGAGUUUCCGACUCGAAAACUGCGCGUCAGUUCGGAGAAGCCUUACUUCACCGUGAGCGCAGACAGCGGGGAGUUGCUUGUGAGCGGCAGGCUAGACAGGGAGCAGAUGUGCGGGAAGAAGCCAGCGUGUGCUCUGGAAUUUGAGGUUGUUGCUGACAACCCAUUGAACUUUUAUCACGUGAAUGUGGAGAUCGAGGACAUUAAUGACCACACGCCAAAAUUCACGCAAAAUUCCUUUGAGCUGCAAAUAAGUGAGUCUGCACAGCCAGGCACGCGAUUUAUAUUAGAAGUAGCGGAAGAUGGAGAUAUUGGCUUAAACUCUCUACAGAGGUAUGAACUCUCUUUUAACCCUGUUUUCUCACUGAUAAAUAAGGAGAAACAAGAUGGCAGUAAAUACCCGGAGCUGGCAUUGGAGAGAACCUUAGACCGGGAACAGCAGAGUUACCAUCGUUUAAUCCUGACUGCUUUGGACGGCGGAGAUCCACCCCUAAGCGGCACCACUGAGCUCCGAAUCCAGGUCACUGAUGCCAAUGAUAAUCCCCCUGUGUUCAGCCAGGACGUGUACAGAGUCAGCCUUCCGGAAAACGUGCCCCCAGGCACCUCUGUGCUGCAAGUGUCAGCCACCGACCAGGACGAGGGCGUCAACUCGGAAAUUACUUACUCUUUCUUCAGAAACGGGCAAGUCUUCAGUCUGAAUUCAAAGAGUGGGGAAAUUAGAACUCAGAGGUCACUGGAUUUUGAAGAAAUCAAGGAAUAUUCCAUAGUGGUGGAAGGGAGGGAUGGUGGAGGACUGGUUGCACAAUGUACAGUUGAAAUUAAUAUUCAAGAUGAAAAUGACAAUAGCCCCAAAGUUACUUUUCAUUCUCUACUUGAAAUGAUUCUGGAAAAUGCAGUGCCUGGAACGCUAAUUGCUUUGAUCAAAAUACAUGAUCAAGAUUCCGGGGAAAACGGGGAGGUUAAUUGUCGAUUAGAAGGUGAAGUCCCUUUUAAGAUAAUCUCUUCUUCCAAAAAUUCAUAUAAGUUGCUAACAGACGGGACCCUGGACCGGGAGCAGAACCCGGAGUACAAUGUCACCAUUAUAGCCACCGACAAGGGCAAGCCACCCCUCUCCUCCAGCUCAAGCGUCAUCCUACAUGUUGGCGACGUCAACGACAACGCUCCAAUUUUCCACCAGGAUUCUUAUUUGGUCGAAGUGGCCGAAAACAACCCUCCUGGAGUCUCCAUCGCUCAAGUUAGCGCCUCAGACCCGGACCUGGGACCCAACGGCCAUAUCUCUUAUUCCAUCGUGGCCAGUGACCUGGAGCCCAGGAUGCUGUCGUCCUAUGUGUCGGUUAGCGCGCAGAGCGGGGUGGUGUUCGCGCAGCGCUCCUUCGACCACGAGCAGCGUCGCGCCUUCGAGCUGACGCUGCAGGCCCGCGACCAGGGCUCGCCCGCGCUCGGCGCCAACGUGAGCCUGCGCGUGUUGAUCGACGACCGCAACGACAACGCGCCGCGGGUGCUGUACCCAGCGCUGGGGCCCGACGGCUCAGCGCUCUUCGAUAUGGUGCCGCGUGCUGCGGAGCCCGGUUACCUGGUCACCAAGGUGGUGGCGGUGGACACCGACUCAGGACACAACGCCUGGCUGUCCUACCACGUGUUGCAGGCCAGCGAGCCCGGGCUGUUCAGCGUGGGGCUGCGCACCGGCGAGGUGCGCACGGCGCGUGCCUUGGGCGACAGGGACGCUGCCCGCCAGCGCCUGCUGGUCGCUGUGCGUGACGGUGGACAGCCGCCCCUGUCUGCCACUGCCACGCUGCACCUGGUCUUCGCGGACAGCUUACAGGAGGCGCUGCCAGAUCUCACCGACCGCCCAGCGCCCUCUGACCCCCAGGCUGAGCUGCAGUUUUACCUGGUGGUGGCCUUGGCCUUGAUCUCAGUGCUUUUCCUCCUCGCGGUGAUUCUGGCCAUCGCCCUGCGCCUGCGACGAGGCUCCUCCAGCCCAGCCGUCUGGAGCUGCUUUCAACCUAGUCAUUGUGUCAAGUCUGGACCCGUGGUUCCCCCCAACUACAGCGAGGGGACUUUGCCUUAUUCCUACAAUCUAUGCCUGGCACACACGGGAACGACGGAGUUUAAUUUCCUAAAAUGUAGUGAGCAACUGAGUUCAGGACAAGACAUACUUUGUGGUGAUUCAUCUGGGGCCUUAUUUCCACUUUGUAAUUCCAGUGAGCCGACUUCCCAUCCUGAGUUGGUGAGUUCCAUUUAAGUGUCUACUCUU